CCUAAGGUAGGACCUGGCGAAUUGGGAAUAACACCGGUCCAAGUGAUUCCUUCGGGGAGCCCCAUGUUGUAGGACCUGGUAUGGUAUGCUCCCGGACGCAUUGAACUAGGGCCGGAAGGCGGCCUCGCGCGCCGUGUGUAGGUAGCAAUAAAUACCAGGUAGGUAGUGAGCUGUGCCGUUCAAGGACCCAUUCUAGCAUCACCAAUUCGGUUAUGCUGCUUACAUACAGCUUGCCUAAUUGCCUUGCACUCAAAGUUGAUACGCUAUACUGCAAUUGGUUCACCUUGGUGAUUUCUCCUGCCUUUUUCUCCCUAAUGGACGACGGGCCGGAACAGAUUUUCGGCACAAACUAGUUCUAGACCUGCUCAUUUAGUCAAGUAACAGCGGGUUUUCUUUCCUACCUGAUGACAAAGCUUCUGACUUGUUCACCGAUCGAUGCAGGCAAUGAGACCUGAGCAUGCUGUACGAUAAUCGUAUGUUGGCCCUGGUGCUCCUGUAUGUGAAUGAUGGGGUUAGACUUUAAUAAUUGACGAGGGAGUAUUGGCGAAUUUAUAAAUACUUACAGGCCCAGCUCGCUACCUCUUGUGAGAGACUAUGAUGUUGUCCUUGUGCGUAUUAUCAAAUACCUAUGUACCUAGGUAGCCAACAAGCACACCGCCAACUUCACCAUGCUAAGCUUAUUCGUCUCUACUAUUGCCAUAUGCGGCACAUUGGCCCAGGCCUCCACAGGCACGGAAUAUUCUUUCAAGACUGAAAGCCAAUGCUCGACGGUCUGGGGUACAGGUGGCACGGUACCUAAGUCUCUUCCUACCUCUACGACUAUCAGCACCGUCUCGUCUAUCCUCACAGGCAAAGAAGUAACGGUUCCUUCGACGUCCAAGGUUACGGUUGAUGCUGUUACUACCACAGUACUCACUCAAACAUUUUUGACCUGGAGCAUCUCAACCAUAACGGUGCCAACGACGACACUAUGGAAUACAGCGCAACCGACAGUUGCAACAGCUACAUGGCCUAGUACUGUCUGCACGAACGGUAUAACUCCGUCAACUGUAACAGAGUAUAGAGGCAGUUAUGAUCCAGUCUCGGGCCAAGUGACUACUGCACCAGCUUCGUAUCCUUCGCAGGUCAUAUGCAAGACAGGUGUAACGUGGUUUACGUCUCUGAUCCCGACGACGACGUCCGGGGUGACAACUGUGACAUUUACACCUACUAGCACGGUAACAGCUCCCACGACAACCGUCACGAAGGCCGCAGCGUACUACACCUUUACAACGUAUGGUACGACCGUCACAAGUACAAUAACAUCGUACCAUGUCGCCACGAGCAUUGCUACGACUAGUACAGGAUGUGAGGCAACAACAACCACAACCUUUGCUGCUAAAUGUGCGCCAACGAACGUCAUUUCGGGUAUUGGAGAGUUCGGGUUGGUGUCCGGAGAGUAUGCGAAGAAUAUCUCGGUGAUAUAUAUCCCGGAAGAAAAGUACGAAGAACCGGCGGCUUGUUGUCAGCUCUGCCAGGACAAUGAAGGGUGCGUCGGCAUGAUGGCGGGAAUAUCGGGGUUCUGUGGGCUAUAUUACGUCGGAGCCCCGAGUGGAGGACCAGCGUGCGAUUUUGGGUUCACAUACCAAACCCAAUCGAAUGUAUUUCCCGGACAGGGCCUAUGGGUGCAAUCGGGAUGUGGAGAAAUUGAAUAUAGUGGGAGCGACGGCGUAUAAAGCUAGGUGAUUAAGACGCUGCGCUAUGGACCUAUGGACGUAGGGCUUGCAUAUUUGUGUGAAUGCUAAAGAAUAAUUGGUCGCCUUGCCAUUUUUUCUCCGAGGUAGUAGGGUCAAAAUCUGGAAGCGAAGAUGCAUUACCUUCCCUUUUGUCUCAGGAAAAUGUCUGACAUUAGAAAUAUGAUGGACGGUAUGUUUGUUGAUAUGUUGUGCUUUCUAAAAAUUUAGCAGCCUACAUAGUACCUAAGCUAGCGCAUAGUAGGGUGCUGCCUAAUGCUAAAUAGGUAGGUAAGGUAUUGUACCUUA